UGUUACAUGCUAAGCUAAUAAUAGUAACCACGUAUAUAUAUUCACGAAACCCCAUAAUGCAACUACACGAUAAGCUUAAUGGAUGACUCUCUGGGUUAACUGACAGUUCAGGUCUUAGGCACCUUCAUUCUUUAAUUCGGAGUUUGAUUUGUAUCUGGUGUGUACGGAAUGGAGGUCCGCUUCACGCGAGGCAAAUCGGCGAUCCUGGAGCGCUCCCUGACGCGGCCGAAGACGGAGGUGAGCGUGAGUGCGUUCGCGCUGCUGUUCUCCGAGAUGGUGCAGUACUGCCAGAGCCGAGUCUACUCCGUGUCUGAGCUCCAGGCCCGACUGGCAGACAUGGGCCAAGGAGUCGGAGCCAGUCUGCUGGAUGUUCUUGUGAUGAGGGAGAAAAACGGGAAGAGGGAAACCAAAGUAUUAAACAUACUUCUCUUCAUUAAGGUAAAUGUAUGGAAAGCUUUGUUCGGAAAGGAGGCAGACAAACUAGAACAAGCCAACGACGAUGACAAAACAUACUACAUCAUUGAGAAGGAGCCAUUGAUCAACGCUUACAUUUCAGUACCUAAAGAAAAUAGCACAUUAAACUGCGCAGCCUUCACCGGUGGCAUUGUGGAGGCUAUUUUAACCCACAGCGGCUUCCCGGCCAAAGUGACCGUCCACUGGCAUAAGGGAACUACGCUGAUGAUCAAGUUUGAUGAGUCAGUCAUCGCUCGUGACAAAGCUCUUGAUGGCAGAUAGAUUUCUUUAUUUAUUUUUACUCUGGAGUAUGGAGUCAGGUUGAAUUUAUGGUUGUUUUCCCCAUUUUCUUUUAAUUACAAAUUCACCGUAACUGCAGAAUUCACUUCAUCGAGUGUAAAAUGAUGUGUUUACUAAUACACUAAUGCAGUGAAGGAUGAAAUUUGUUUAUUUACUAUAACAAUACAUGAAUUAUUUGUAAUAAAAUGGAAGUCCAUAUUGAAUUCAUUACAUUUGUAUUUCAAUUCAAGUAUCAGUGGAGUCACUGCACUGAUAUUGUGUGAAAAAACCCACCUUUAACUUCGCCAGUAUGUUUCAAACUGUGGAUAUGUUUAAUAUAGCAUACAAAAAAACUUGGUAUUUCUGCACUAGAAGAGAUUCAUAAACCUAUGUGUAGUAGCCAAGAAGUUAUAAUCAUUGUAUUUUCAAGGAUGAUUGUAUUUAUGUAUGUUUCAUUUGUUCAUAUGUACUUUACGUUUCUUUUUCAUCCUUAAA